CCGCGACCAUGGCUGCGUGAGAGGAGGCGCUGUUCUGAAGAACACUCAGUGCAGUAACGCUCGCCUCGCUGCUCUCACACACAGGAAAUGUUGAGGGCAUUCACCAAGUGCCUUUUGACCAACGGAGUUGCUGGUAGAAGAAUGAUGUCCCAGGGCAGCCUGGCUGGAAAAGUUGCCAUAGUUACGGCAUCCACAGAUGGGAUAGGCUUGGCUACUGCACAGUCACUGGGGAAGAGAGGAGCUCAUGUUGUUGUCAGCAGUCGUCGGCAAGCCAACGUGGACAAGGCCGUGUCACUGUUGCGCAGUGAAAAUAUCCAGGUGACUGGCACCUGCUGUAAUGUGGGAAACAGUGAGGACAGAGAGAAACUGAUCAGCACAACUCUGGAGCAAUGUGGGGGUAUUGAUUUUCUGGUCUCUAAUGCAGCAGUGAACCCUUUCUUUGGAAAUAUCCUAGACUCUACAGAAGAAGUCUGGAACAAGAUAUUACAUGUCAAUGUGACAGCAGCAUUCCUUCUGACUAAACAAGUAGUGCCUCACAUGGAGAAAAGAGGAGGUGGCUCAGUGGUGUUGGUGUCCUCAGUAGCGGGAUACCAGCCAAUGCAGGGUCUGGGACCGUACAGUGUGAGUAAGACGGCUCUUUUGGGUCUAACCCGAGCGCUCGCCCCUGACCUCGCUCAGAGCAACAUCAGAAUCAACUGUGUGGCUCCAGGAAUCAUCAAAACACGAUUCAGCACAGCCUUAUGGCAGAGUGAAGAUUUGAGAAACGAGUUGCUGAAGCAGAUGUCCAUAAAAAGGCUGGGGAAGCCAGAGGACAUUGGGGAAGUGAUCGCGUUCCUGUGUUCAGAUGAGGCAUCCUUCAUCACUGGAGAAACUAUUACUGUGACAGGGGGCAUGAAUUCCAGACUGUAGUGUGUGUGAGUGUGUGCAUGUUUGAAACAGCCAGAAAACACCCAUUUACAGUCAUACAAUAUUAUAUAAUCAUACAUCAUAACAUACAGUUGAGAAAUGCAAUGUCAGAUUUGAUCUUCACAUAAUAUAAAAUGACAUUUGUUUUUGAAGAAAUUAAAUUACCGACUAUGCUAUUAAAUACAAAAUGAAAAGUGU